CUUGCGUCGCCAUGAACAUUUCGCUGAUUUCUCUCCUCCUGCUUUAUGGAGUCUGUCGUGGUGCGCGGUGGCCCACCGGAGUUCCGCCGCCGCAUGGAGCGGAGAUGCAGCAGCAGCAGCAGCGACUCUGGCAGCGUAUUCAGCGACUGUCGCAGCGAACGAUCCGACGACCUCGCCCUCCCCGAAUCUCCAUCUUGCGGCGUCGAACCCUCCUCCCUUCAUCGCUUCCUCUUCUCCUCCUCCGGAUGCUCAGACGAUGAUAUCCAAAGCCUCGUUUCCGACCUCAAAUCGAUCUCCGUCGAGUCGCAGCGUCGAGCCGCGAUGGGGCUCCGCCUCCUCGCCAAGCCCAGCACCGAGACCCGGGUCCGCAUCGCCGAAGCCGGCGCGGUGGCCCCGCUCGUCUCCCUCGUCUCCCACCCGGACCCACAGCUCCAGGAGCAUGCCGUGACCGCCAUCCUCAAUCUCUCCCUCUGCGAAGAGAACAAAGCCGCGAUCGCCGCCGCCGGCGCGGUCCCCAACCUCGUCCGUGCACUCGGGACCGGCACGCUCACCGCCUGCGGGAACGCUGCCUGCGCCCUCCUCCGCCUCGCCGACCUCACCGACCUCCCCGCCGCCAUCGGCUGCUGCGGAGCCAUCCCUCCGCUCGUGGAUCUCCUCCAGAAAGGCGGCGCCCGAGGGAAGAAGGACGCCGCCACCGCCCUUUUCGCGCUGCUGGCCGUGGAGGAAAACGCCGCUCUCGCGGCGGAGGCCGGGGUGGUCCGCCCCCUGUUGGAGCUCAUGGCCGAUCCGGAGUCGGGGGUGGAGGACAAGGCCGCGUACGUGCUGCUCCGGGUACUGGCGGCGCCGAAGGGCCGGGCGGCGGCCGUGGACGAAGGGGGCGUGGCGGUGCUUGUGGAUAUGCUGGAGAUGGGCAGCAAGCGGCAGAAGGAGGUGGCGGUGCUGUCCCUCUUGGAAAUCUGCGAGGAGAACGAAGCCUACCGGAUGAUCGUCGUCCGGGAGGGAGCCAUCCCGCCGCUCGUUGCCCUCUCCCACUCCUCCUUCAGAAGGGUUAAGGAAAAGGCCGGUGACGCGAUUGGUUGCGUUGUUGCGAGGAAGCACGGGGCGGCUACCGUUCAACGUUGAACGGAACAGUCAAUACUACAGCCGGACGGCGGUAAAGUCACGAGUUCAGUAGCGACUGGAGGACGCGAGAGGCGCGAUCAACCGUAACUGCAUGGCCCACUAUUCGAUCUGCUUUGUUUUUAUAUGGGAUUUCUCAAUACCGGCACGGUUUUUCCCCAAUAUUUGUAGAAAAAUAUCGGAGGAAUUGGGAUCUCUCAAUGCUAAAAUAUUAUCUCAAAAUUUGUGUCAAUUUAAUCUGUUCAAAAUAAUUUAAUUUUUCCA